UGCCGGCCACCGCUCGCUCCCGCCCACCCCGCGAGAAGCGCCAUGCAGGCCCGGCCGGAGACACUGGCCCUGCGGAGGCAGCUCAUCGGCUCUUCCUGCAAGCUCUUUUUUCCUGAAGAGCCAGUGAAGAUUGUUAGGGCAAAAGGCCAGUAUAUAUAUGAUGAACAUGGAAGAGAAUACCUUGACUGUAUCAACAAUGUGUCUCAUGUUGGGCACUGCCAUCCUGAUGUAGUAAAAGCCGCACAUGAACAGAAUCAGUUGCUAAAUACAAAUUCUCGCUAUCUCCAUGACAAUUUGGUGGAUUAUGCAAAGAGACUUUCUAAAACACUGCCUGAGAAGCUGUGCACUUUCUAUUUUUUGAAUUCAGGAUCAGAAGCCAAUGAUCUUGCCUUGAGAUUGGCACGACAAUAUACAAAACACAAGGAUGUUAUUGUUCUGGACCAUGCGUACCAUGGACAUCUGACAUCCUUGAUUGACAUAAGUCCAUAUAAAUUCAGAAAUCUAGAAGGACAAAAGGAAUGGGUCCACGUGGCUCCUCUCCCAGACACAUACCGUGGAAUAUACAGAGAAGACUAUAAAGAUUCAGUCCUAGCCUAUGCCAACGAAGUGAAAAAAAUAAUUGAGCAAGCACAAAAAAAGGGCAGAAAGAUUGCUGCAUUUUUCAUUGAAUCUUUGCCAAGUGUUGGUGGUCAGAUCAUUCCACCAGAAGGUUAUUUCCAGAUGAUAGCAGAACACAUACACAAGGCAGGAGGAGUUUUUGUUGCUGAUGAAAUUCAGGUUGGCUUUGGCAGGGUUGGCAAAUGUUUUUGGGCAUUCCAGCUUCAGGGAGAGGAUUUCGUACCUGAUAUUGUCACUAUGGGCAAACCAAUGGGAAAUGGGCACCCCAUCGCCUGUGUAGCAACAACUAAAGAAAUUGCAGAAGCAUUUGCAGACACUGGAGUGGAGUAUUUUAAUACAUUUGGAGGAAAUCCUGUUUCAUGUGCAAUAGGUUUAGCAGUUUUAGAUGUGAUUGAGAAGGAACAUCUUCAAGCACAUGCCAUACAAGUAGGCAACUUCUUGAUGGAAUUACUGAAUCAGCAGAAGGUCAAGCAUCCUAUCAUUGGUGAUGUCAGGGGUGUUGGAUUAUUUAUUGGAGUGGAUUUGAUAAAAGAUCAAGAGAAAAGGACCCCAGCUACUAAAGAAGCUGAGUAUUUAAUAACAAGAUUAAAGAGAGAAUAUAUUCUGUUAAGUACAGAUGGUCCAGGAAAAAACGUGCUUAAGUUCAAGCCUCCACUGUGCUUUACUAUGGACAAUGCCAAAUCAGUUGUGGACAAAAUGGAUGAAAUAUUAACAGACAUGGAAAGAGAAAAGACGUGUGAGCCAAUAGGAAGCUGCCAUUAACUUUAGGCCUCAGCUCUAUCUGGCCAGGUAAGCAUUUUAUCUUUUGCAGUUUGUUUAAUUAGAAUCACUAAACUAGUAAUGACAUGCAUUUGGUGUAAAGAGCUAACCAAUCAAAUGUUUCUGUUCUAUUUUUGCAAAAUAGAUGACCCUUCUGAUAUUCUAAUCACUAUUUUGAUUUAUGUAGGAUCACUUCAGGUUCUCAGCCCCCAGAACAAUCUAUUCUCCCUCAAGUGAAAUGCCUGUUUUUUUGGUAUAAUUAAAUCUUUAUCCUUAAAGCACUUCAAAAUUUGACUACUCCAAUAGCAGCUGGAUCCUUUAGAACCUGCUGCUAUUAAAAGAAUAUCACCCAUUGUGCUGUCUGUUUAUGGUGAUGGAAGAGGAUAGCUGAUUUUCAAUGUAUUUCAUUGUGUUGGCUGCUGCUUAUGUGACUGCUCUACUGAACCCUUGAGUAAGGUAAGCGCAACUCAGUCCAUUCUGGAAUCCACUCUAUUCUCCUUGAGUAAUCAAAGAAAAACCAAGUACUCUGUGAGAGUCCAGUAAGUGACAGAGCCCUACCUUAUUUCUGUUGAUGUCAUUUGAAAUGUUGGUAGUCAAGGGAGUGGCAAUAAGACCAGAAGCAAAAAAACAAUGUGGUGAACUAAGGAGAAACCCUGAGAUGCUUCUGCAUUGCACCAGACGUCAACUUUAGUUCAAGCAAAGGCUGUAUUAUCAGCUACAGCAGGUCAUGCCCACAUUACCUGUUUUAUUCAAGCAUGAAAGAGUUGCUUUUGAAUUAGCAUAUAAGCAGCAUACCUUAACUAGUAUUUAGUCUAGGUUUGUGAAAUUAAACAGCCAGUAGAGAAAUCCUAGGGCCUAAUUUAAUUGUUAUUAAGAUUAGAGACAGACUGUUGCAGAGGCUGGAUGUCAGCUUUCAGGGGUAUGCAAUGUAACUGAGUACAAAGGCUUUAUGAAGGUAGUUCUCCUUUUUUAGUUGCUUAUUUCUUAUGUCACUAUAGAAGGAAGUUGCUACAGUACAUGCCAAAGAGUCUGCAACUUUGCUUUAAAUACAAUGUAAUAGAGGCAUUGACCUAGUUAAUUUCCUUCAUGUAAAGAAAAAUAUGAAACCUGAUACAUAUUCUAGGUCUUAUUUUUCAUCUAUAGGUUUCAGACAAAAAUUUAACAAUCUACUACAAAGGAUCAUUAAAUCCCCAUAACUAGUGCACAUUUAAGCUAAACAAUUAUGUUUGAAUCUGCAAUGUUUAGUAACGCUUCUUUAGCGGUGAAAAGCUUUAGAGAAAAUACACAGGCAUUAUGAUAUAGAAUAGUUUGCUUCAGCUGUAAGCAAAGGUGGUGUGGGAUUCACUUAAUUAGCAGCCAGUUUCCGAAAACAAUGACUACCCAGGAGUUAUUUUCCUAGUCUAGCUCUUACGUACCACACUUUGCGGCGUUUUCAUUUUUCUGGUUUGAGCUAUUCCAGUAACUAUAACCAUCUGAGCUAGGCCAAACAUUCUGCCAUCCCACAGAAUCCAAUGAGAGAGCAUGCAGAACCCAAUAAUCAUAUGUAUCUGUCCUUAUUUUGCCAUACUUCAGUGUCUCACCAGGUAUACCCCCCGAUUUAUUUUGUGCCAUUAUAAGGUCCAAACAGCUAGACUGGUUUUCAGCCAUAGGUUUCAAACAGAUGACUCUCAGUCCCAAACUCUGUACCAAAGUUCCCUAUGAAUUGCCUUCUGAGGACAUGUUUAGUGAGGAAAAAGAGAAGGUCCAAUCUAAACUGCCCACAAAUGGCAUUCUGUGUCCUUGAUGGACCCCCGAGUACGUAUAGGCAAUGAAGCGUAACUUAAGAUACCAUUGUACAUGUUGCAUGCUCUCAUUGGCUAACUUGAGGUUCUCUUCAACAGCAAUGUAACAUCUCAACUAUAACACAAAAAGAAUGGUAAACUCUGCUUUGGAGUAUAAGCACCCUCAAUUUUUGCUUUAGGCUCUAAUCACUGUGCACUUAGGAUCCAACUCCACAAGUCUGUGUGACAGCCUGCUCCGUAGCCCACAAGCUGCUCUACAUGCACUUGCUCGCUAAUGCACCAUUAUCCCUAGUGAAGUGUACAAGUCUUCUCUGCUGAACUGUUUCUAGAAAUAGUUAAAAUAUCUGCUUAUUUCCCACUCUCUCAACCCCCAUAGUUACGUAAUUAAGUUUGCAGAGUUCAGCUUGCUUCCCCCCACCUCCCCAUGGCACGUAGGAUUACUUGUGUUCCAUUUUAUUUUGCAUGCUCCCAUACCUUGAGGUAAAUGAAAAGGUAGUGAUCAUGUGGGCUAAAUGCUGUAGUUUGUUGCUGAUCUACCUGGAGCACUUCUAUAGCAACUUUCAAAGAAAGUCAGACUCACGGGAUGUUUCCUGAUGGCAGUGGGCUAGUACAACAGUAAGAUGCAGGAAGUUUUAUACAGUCUAGAGCAGCAGUCCCCAACCUUUUCGUCUGGUGGGUGCCAGACGAAGGACUGUGACAGCCGUCGAGCAUCUGCCGAAACGCUGCCGAAUUUUGGCAGAUGCUCGACCGCCGGCCAGGACGCAGGUGGAUUUAGAUGCCUCCCGUGGGCACCAUGGCGCCAACAGGCACCACGUUGGGGACCGCUGGUCUAGAGCUCUAAGUACUCUCCAAGAAUAAGAUCUGAGAGAGAGGUAAAUUUCUUAGCUGCAUCUCCCCCUAUUUGAUAGGCAGAGGCUAUUUCCCUCCUGAUUGCAGAUUCCAAAGCUGUAGCACACCUGUGCUAGCUGUGCCCCCUUUUCCAGCCUGCUGCCAGAUAGUUCAUUCUACAGGUGUGUAAAAACUUUAAGAAUAUGAUUAGUAAGUAAGUGUACUGCCAACAGUAGGCUGUGGUCUACAACCAGAAGUACUGAAAUGAAAUAAAUACUGUUCCCUGGCCAUGAAGCAUCCAGGAGAGAGAAUUAUGGGAGAUGCUGCUAGCAGAAAGGAUAUCAUCAGGUAAGAGAUUUACAGUGCUGCAGUUUAGUAUCUCCCAAACUUCCAGAGAAGUAGUGAGCAGUGAACUGAAAUAGGGAGGGAUGAUAAAAAGAGAGAGCGGAUAACUGUCAGAGUUAAUUGCACAAAAUGGCAAUGCUACGAUACUAGACUAUGGAAGCUGCUCCAGAGAACAGAAAACCCACUUUCUACAGAGUCUAAUAAAGAUGUUAAACAGAUGAUCAUGUUGCUGCCUUGCAUCUAUUGGGGAAGCGCAAGCUCUUUUCAUCCACAAAGUCACCAUAGAUAUUGUGGGGUGAGCCUUCAUGCCAUCGAGAACAGAAGCACUGACACCUUGGCAGGUAAUAAAGCCCAAUCUUCUUGUCAGUUCAGUACACUUGAUAUAAAUCUUUAGUGCUCUUUAACCCUCUGAAGCAUGCUAUAUUUUUUUCUAUUGGGUGCUGUGGCUUUGGACAGAAGGGAGUAGAAUUUCCUUGUGAGGCAUGGAAUGAUGAUUCUGGGAUUCUUAGUAGCACAUUGUCAUGUUACUAUCAAGUUCUUAUAUGGUAUAAAAGUGCCACUUCAGAAACUCACCUAGCAGAUAUCAUGGUAACUAGAAAAACACAGUUUUCAUGGAUAGGCAGAAUGGAGAUACAGGUCAGUGGCCCAACAGGUUGUGUGGUAUGGGCUUUUAAUGCCAUUGGUAGGCUUCCCCAAAGACUGGCUGAACCACUUGGGAGAAAUCUGGAUUGUCAAGGAACCAGGGAAUACUGCAAAUAGGAUGUUUCUCAUAAGCAGACACCUGGCUUGUUAUGGUGCUGGGCUAAAGUUUCUUAUCUACAUCUUCCUGAAUAACGUCUAGCAUGGUUGAUAGUUGUAUUGUUCUUGGCACCAUGAGCUAAACCUAGUCCACAUGGAGGAGUAGGCCUUUUAGUAUUGAAGCUUACCUAGUAAAGAGGACAACUCCACUUUCAGGGGAGGAUAGCUCUAGUGCAUCUCAUACUUCCCAUCUCAAUAGCCAGGCUAAUCAGUUGUAGAUGAUUUGGGUGUGGAUGGAGGAACAGACCUUGGUAAAGAAUGUCUUGUCUCACAGAUAGCUGCAACAGUGCCUCCAUGUUCAGUUCUAUCAGAUUGGAGAACCAUGGUCUACUUGGCCAGUGAAGACCUAGCAUUAUCAGCUUUGCUGCUUGUCUUCGUAUCUUUUCUAGAAGUAGAAAGGGCAGACAUGCAUGUACAGGCCCUGGGGCCAUCUGUGCAAAAGGGGAUUCUGCUGGUAGAUUUCAAAUGUUUGUUGUUGUGAUUGGUGAAUAGGUUGACCACCAGAAAGCUGAACCUG